AUGGAGCGUGAAGCUGAGGUCGCCGACCUGCACGCCGCUCCUGCGGCUUCGUCUUCUCCGGCGGAGACUGCGCAGCCACUCGUUCUCCCGUCUCGCCCGCCCCCGGCUGCGACGUACGCCGACGCAGUUGGCGCGGUGCUUUCUCUCGCGGGCUCAGAGAACUCCGGCGCUCUUGGUCGCCUUCUGCUUCCAGCGACCGCCGACUCAGGCACGCCCUCAUUGGCGCGGAGGCUGAGUUCCCCAGACAGCCGAGAGAGAGAGCCCUUCCGCACGCCACGUGCCCGCACGCGGAGCGUGAGUGUGCCGCCGAGUCACGACGCCGAGGGCCUCCGGGACGCCUACGGAGAUGAGCAGAGAGGGUGCAGGAGUGGAUCACGUGCCCUCUCAGAGGCCAUCGAGACCCUCGGGUUCCUGCCUUUCCGCCGCGCAGCGAUGCAGGCUGUUGAGCGCGUCAGGGGGACGCUGAUGCCGAGCUCGGCGCCCUUUCUGGGCGCGGAGGAUGGCGGCGACGGAGACACGGCCGAGGACGAGGGCGGCAGCGGCAUCCUGGAUGCCAGCACACAGCCCAAAGCGACCCGUACGCGCUUGGGGGCGCUAAAAACGCUCUCAGACGUCGCCCUCGAUCUUAUCGAAAGGAGUGAAGAGGACAUCUCUCUCUUUUGGAGUAGCCUCGCGGCGAGCGCCUCAGACGCCGCCGCGCUUGCUGCCGCGACCUCCCCGUCGCUCGUCUCUUCGUCACCGGAUGCAGCGCCUGGCGUGAGCGACGUGCUCAGAGAGACACUCUCGAUUCUAGUGAAGGAGGGCAAGGGAGAAGAAGGCGAACUCGCAGCUCUCUUGUAUCUCCGAAUGAUGCUGUGGGAAGGCGGCCUGAGCUACCACGUGGCGCCCUGGCCGGAACUGCUUCGCGACAUCGCGAUGCUGCUCGAGAGGCGCCUGCCGCUGUCGUCCUCGACGCUCUCCGGCGCGUCGCGGAGCCCUCUCGCCCCCGCGGUCUCUUCCCAGGCGUCCAGCCCCUUAGUGGCUGCGAUGUCCUCGCCGAGACGCGGCGCGCGUCCGCGAGCGACUCCGCCUCGGCGCCGAUCCGCGCGGAUCCCCAGCGGGAGGCGGCGGGGGCGCGACGACGAGGCCGCGGCGGAGGAUGAGAGUGCGUCCUCAGACGCGUCCCAGGCCUCGGCGGCGGGUGCAGUCUCCUCCGAUUCAGAGCGGAAGCGCCCGGCGGGUGCGAGGGGGCGGCGAGGCGACUCGGCGCGCGGAGUUUCAUGCCGGUCGUCAGCUGCAGAAACCGCCUUGCUGACUUUGGCGGUGUUCCUUCGGCGACUCCCGCUCCCGAUCUUCCAGAGUGUCGCUGGGCGGGAAGCCCUCCGCGGGUGUCUGCAGGCUCUCCUCGCCAGCGUUACGAAGCGCGGCGGGCUCGCGCUCGCGCACAGGCGCCUCGUCCUGCGGCUGCCAGCGCUCCUGCUCGCCCGCGCACAUGACCUGCGCAUGCAGCACGCCGCCUCGUCAGUCGCCGGGGGACCGUUCCUGCUGCUGCCUCUCUACGAGGGAGGUCCGCAGGUGGAUGUUUUCUCCGCGGCUGCCAGUGACGCCUUCCUCCUCCUCCUGCCGGUCCUGCUGCACGCCGCGCCGGCGACCGCUGCGCUUCCGUCUGUGGCCUCCGCACCAGCGUCGGCGCCCGCCGCGGAGCCCGCCUUCGAGGUCCAGCGCGAAGGCGCACACGUCGUUCGAGAGCUUAUCGAGGACUUUCCGCUGCUGGUCGCACCCGACGUCCUUUGCGCGCCGGAGCUCCUCGCCGUCUGUCGCGCGAGAGAGAGAGAAGCGGAAGGCGGAGACGAGGCGCGCGGCGACCGCCAGGCGGCGACCGCCGCGGAAGACAAACAGGAAGAAAAGAAAGACGGUGCCCUCGAAGAGAGGGCAAGCUCGUCGCCUUCCGCGGCUGCGUUCUGUGACGCGGCAAACGACGCAGAGCAAGAGAACGGCAGUGCGGAUAAAGAAUACGAGGAAGAAGAGAAUCCAGCGAGCGACGCGGAGGACGCUGAGGAUGCCGAGGAAGGCGGACUGCGAAAGCGCCCACGAAGCGGAUACGAAGACGAGGAAGAAGACGAGAAGGAGAAGAGACGCCGUGACGCCAGCGACGCGGUCGUCUCCCUCAUGGGCGCUGUGAGCUACGCCUCCGCGCCCUCGAGCACUUCGGCGGCCGCGCCGGUGGUGGCGGCGCUUCUUCUGAUUCUCCGCGCGUCGCUGGAGGCUGAGAAGACGCUCCAGCGCCUCCUGCCGGCGCGGUUCCAGAUCCGCGCUGCACUCGUGGCCGAAAGCCUGUCUCACCGAGACGACGCGGCGCGCGAGGCCGCGGCUUCGCCGUCGUUUUUUGAUCGCUUUCUCGCGCGCGUGCUGUUGCCUGCGCUGCGGAGUGAGCGCGCCUUCCACCGCCUCCUGGCUGUCGAGUUCCUCCAGUCCCUCCUGGCGCUCGAGGCGAGGCGCCUCCCCUCGCCGUCUUCGCUGCCGCCGCCGGCUCCGAAGCUGCACGCGCCCGCCGACGCCGAGAAAGGCGAGCGGGAUCAAGAGCUUCACGAGGUGGCCGCGGCAGGGGCGCACGCGUGCGGCGACGACCUGCCUCUGUUGAGCCUCUUCCGCCGCAGCGAGAAGCAAAAGACCGCGGACGCGCUCAUCGAGGCGCUCAUGCGACGCACGAAAGACUGUCAAUCACUCCUCAGGAGCCGCGGCAUCGACGUGUUAGGGCACCUGAUCUCAGCGCUUCUGCGUCACGCGCUCGCUGCGUCUGGAAAUUCUUCGCGCGCGUCUGCCUCAGGGCCCUUGCGCCGCUCGCUGAGUCGCCUCCUCCACCCGCCGACGUUGUCUACGCUCGUCAGCUCGUGCUUGCGCGACAGCCGCAGCGUGAUUCGCCAGGCCGCUUUGACGUUCCUUCGGCGGCUCCUGCCGCUGCUUCUCUCGCGUGAAGUUCGCGCACGCGGCUGCGGCUUGGGCGCGUGGCUGUCGCAGCACUUUUUCGCGUUUUUCCUCAAAUGUGCAGAUCUCCAUCGCAUGCGCGACGGGGGCCAGAGUCUGCUUCUGCAUGAGCAGAUGCGCCUCCCGGGCUUGAUUCGGCGGUUGCUUCCGCUGCUCGCGCUCUCUUUACCCCCUUCGCAGGCGCGAUUUCUUGCGUCGGCGCCUGCGCCUUCGGCCUCCGUCGCGUCGCUCCGCCUGGUCGUCGCGCUUCUCUAUUUCUUCCCGCUCGCGGAGACGGCCUCCAGAUGCACAGACAGCAGUCUGCUAGUCCGACGGCAGGCCGUGGCGACGACGCAUGAGUGGGUGAUGACUCUCUUUCGGUGUCUGGUCUGCCUCUCGCCCUCCGUGCUGUCCGCAGCUCCACCGCCACUCGCCGAGGGCUCCGACGCCGCCCCCGGAGGAGCAAAUUCGCUGCCGAAAGCUGUCGUCAACGGUGCAGCUGAAGCCGCUUCUCCACAGGCGAAACCCGGACAGGCGCCUUCGCCCGCCUCGCUUUCGCUCUCCUUUGCUUCGCUCUGCGUGCCGCAGGUCGUCGCGCCGCCGCAUGCUUCUUCCGAGAUGCCGGCGCGGGAGAUCCUCGCGGCGUGCGUCGGAGACCUCUCGCAGGCGUGGAGGGACAGUGUGCUAGCGCAGGCUACCGGCGACGAGGAGGAGUCUGUGCGCGAGCGGGCGAGCGAGGCGGUCGCGUCGCUGCUGCUAUCCUGCGCCGGCGCGGCGGAAGGAGACAUUCGCGAGAGAGACGCCCGCGACGGCGCGUCGCAGCAGGCCGCGGGCAGGAAGCGACAGCGUUCCUGCGGCGCCAGCGAACACGAGAAGGAAAAUCUCAGGGAAAGGGCGGGGAAUGAGGCGGCGCUUUCGGCGCACGUCGACAGCGAUGAGGCUGACGCGACUGGCGACGCGCCAGGGCGGCGCGGAGACGAGAGCGACGACAUCCAGCGGCGGGCGCCGCAGAAUCCGCGGGCAUCUGCCGCGCAAACAACAGACGACGCGAGAGAGGAGAGAGAGGAGGAGGGAGAGGAAGAAGAUGUGACAGGCGAGCCGACCGCGUGGUGUGCGGCGCAGGCGCUGCUCCGCGAUCCCUCCGAAGAGGAGCUCGAGGACAUUCUGCAGUUCUACCUCAACUACCUGCGAAAGCACGGGCGCUUCUCGCGCGAAUUUUUUUCCAGUUGCCUCAGCCGACUGCGGGCGUCUCAGGUCUCAGGGUCGCUGCCGCCUCCUACCGUUCUUCUCGCGCUGCAGGCCGUGCUGCUGCACGCGCAUCCGCAGGCGGCCGCGUCUGGCGCCUCCCCCUCGGGCUCUGCGCCCUCGACUCCUGGCGCUGCUCUCCGCCGCGAGGAUCGCCGCUUCGCAGAGAUCUUCGCAGCCGAGGAGGCGAAGCUCUCAGACGACCGCAGAGGCGCCCAGGCCGCCCUGGCGCUGUGGCUGCGGCUGUUCAGCGACCGCAGAGGCGAGCCGCUCAUGCCUGCGGCAGCGGAGGCCGAGGCAGGAACUGGAGACGGCAAGCGCGGCGGCGCACGGGAAGAUGAGCGAGCCGCCGACAUGCGAGGCGAGGCGAGGCCCAAACCGGCGGCAGACGCGGAGAGGGAAAUCGAAGAAAGCAGGCGCCAGGCGCGAGGCUACCUGGCUAGCGGCGUCUCGCGGCGGCUGUUCAUCCUCUUGGAGGCUGCGGUGCCGCAUCUGCGGCCGAACGAGCGACAGCUAGCCAGCGAGCGCCUCUUUCGCAUGAUUCACGACUUCGACUGCGCAGCCUCUCUGGUGCCUGCGGCUAUCGCUGCGUGUUUCGCGCUGCGCCCGCGGCCUGCGCAAAGUUACGAAGGAAACGGACGCGCGCGUCCGCGGCCGUGCAAGCAGGAGGAGGCGGACUGGGAGGAGGGACACACCAAAGGCGAGAGCGACCGCGGCGCGGCGCAGGCCGCUUCCGAAGACCUGUCUCUCGAGCCUCAGCCACGCGGGCACUGGACGGAGACGGUGCUGGCUCGCGUCGAGGGCGAGAUGAGACGCCUCCUCGUCGUUCCUUCGCGCCUCGCCUCAGCCUCGCCGCCCGCGCUUCGCGCCGCAGAGAAGGCAGAUCUUGCGUCCCGAGACGGCGCGGAAGCAGACCCCGAGGCGGAGAAGGAGAACGGACGCGCGCGAGAGACGCCGCCGAGAGACGUGGCGGGCACAGGCGCACCUCGGCGACCAGAGGGAGAGCUCUCCGCCGUGACUCCGCAGGCGGCGGACGCAACGUGGCGUGCUGAGGAAGACCUCGAACGCCUAGCCAGAUGCAUCGUGACAGGCGGAGAGCUCGCACUCCUCCGCGACGUCUCAGCUUCCUCCCUGCCUAGCAUGCUUCAUGCUGUCGUAAAGAAUCGCCUCUGCCUCCUGGCUGCUCCGACGAAGUACGAGGCGCCGGGGGGGGUGGAGACGCUCGUUGGCAGCGCGGAGGCCUCGCCCUCGGCGGAGCCUCCCGCGCGUUCUCCGCGGGCGUCGGCGGCUGCAGAGGCGAGCGCCUCGCCGCACUCUUCCGCCGCCGCGUCGGGCGGCGCCGUGGAGCCGUUCCUCGCUCUGCCGCUGCGGGUGCGCGCGCUGGCGGUCCAGGCGCUGGGCAAAGUGGCGCUUUCGCGUACGGCUGGCGGCGCGCGGCUCCCGUCGGCCGAGGAGGCGCCUCAGCAGCGGAGCGGCGCGGACCGCGAGGCUGGCGCCGCGCCGGGCGACGAAGUGGCUGUCACGGAGAGCCUCGGCGCGCUGCUGAGCGAGCAGGAGCAUCCGAUCCUGCGCAUGAGCGCCCUUGCGGUCAUUUCGGACCUCAUGCAGCGCCAGACGGGCGUCGCCGACCGGUUCGUUCCGCGCAUCGUCGCCGCGCUCGCCUCGCAGGAGACCCCCGCGCACGCGGAGGACGCGCCUUGCCGCGAGGCGACCUCUCCCGCAGGGGAACGGAAGCCGGCGAAGCGCCAAGAAGAGACGCCGAAGGACGAGAACCUCUUCGUGCCGUUGCGGAAGAUCGCGCUGACCUGUCUCUCCACGCUGGUGGCCGAAGAAUUCAUCAAAUUCAAGGGACACACAGUCCACGGGAUGCUGUACGCGCUCGGAGACUCCCACGCGGAGAUUCGCGGCAUCGCAGAGGCGGUAUUCCUCCGCGUUAUUCUCCCUCGAUACGAAGGAAGGCUCCCGGCGUUGUUUGUCGAGUGUCUGAUUGCAUUCAACGGCUUCUACGCGCAUCCGGCCUUCACGGGCAAGGCGACGCUGCGUGCUCUCUGCUGUCGCGCGAACCACGACAAGAAAUCCCGAAUCUACCGGUUCAUUCUGGACCGCGUCUCCUCGCUGACGAAGUACCGCAUUCAACAGCGCCUGGUGUCUUCGAUGCUCACGGCGUGGAUCGACGACAAGCCGCAGCUGCCUCUGACGUCCUCAGUGCCCUCUUCGCUGGCGUCGGCUUCGGCGCUGCCGUUGCCUCAGCGCUUCGCGGACGCCGACGGCGCGCUUCUCUCCGACACGCUGAGGCUGUUGGCCUGUCCGGCGCUCAAAGUGAAAAUCCGAAAGGCAGGGCCUCUGCGGGGCGUGGAGCCGAACGACGAAGAGAACGAAGGCGAUGAUCCUGCAGGAGACGACGAAGAGCGAAAGGCGAAGCGGAGCGGCAAGCGGGCUCGGCAGGCCGGGAACCGCGACCAAGCAGGCCCUGCCUCCAUGGGCGAACUCCUCGACUUGAUGGUUAAAAAAGUGUUGCAGACGGAGGUUAUUCCCGUCCUGCGGUCGCUGGACGUGUUGAUGCGCGCGAAGUUCUCCCCGUUCCAAGAGGAGCUGCUCACGGCGUUCUGCGAGGUGCUUCAGGACUACUGGGAUGACCUCGAGGAGAUGCUGGGCGAAGCGAGUCUCGCGAAAGAACUGCGGCACUUUGCGCAAACGCGGCAGCUCGACCCUUCGUCUCGGCAGCCCAAGAGCAGUCAGGGCUCUUCGGAGAUAGCCGAAGUUCAAGAAACCUGA